AGCAGCUGAGUCCAGGACCUGAAGGAAUUUCAUGCAGUAGGUGCUGAACUAACUGGCACGGAAAGGAACAGAAAAAGAUGGCAGUCCAUAUUUGAAAUAAUUAUACACGUGGACUCUCGCUGAUAAAAAACCAUGUCAAAAAAAGGACGUAGCAAGGGCGAAAAGCCUGAGGCACUGAUUGUUGCCCUACAGGCUGCCAAUGAGGAACUCAGGACCAAGCUAACGGACAUUCAAAUUGAGCUGCAUCAGGAGAAAUCUAAGGUUGCUAAACUUGAAAGAGAGAAGACUCAAGAAACGAAGCGUAUCCGCGAGGUGGAGCAGCGCAAGCAGACUGUGCAGAUCACGGAGCUGAAAGCCAAACUCCAUGAGGAGAAGAUGAAGGAGCUGCAGGCUGUGCGAGAGAACCUCAUCAAGCAGCAUGAGCAGGAGAUGACACGGAUGGUGAAAGUCCGUGACAGCGAAAUCCAACGCCUCAAGUCAGCGCUGUGUGCGCUGCGGGACGGGAGCAGUGAUAAAGUAAGGACAGCGCUGACUAUUGAGGCUCGUGAAGAGGCCCGAAAACAGUUCGACUCCGAGCGCCUUAAGCUUCUGCAGGAAAUUACUGAACUGAAGUCUGCCAAAAAGCAGGUAGAUGAGGCCCUUAACAAUAUGAUCCAAGCCGAUAAGAUCAAGGCCGGGGAUCUUCGGAGUGAGCAUCAGUCCCACCAGGAAGCCAUUUCCAAGAUCAAAUGGGAGAGUGAAAGGGAUAUUCGCCGUCUGAUGGACGAGAUCAAGGCUAAAGACAGGAUCAUAUUUUCCUUGGAGAAGGAACUGGAGACACAAACAGGCUACGUGCAGAAGCUGCAGCUGCAGAAGGAGGCUUUGGAUGAGCAGCUCUUCUUGGUGAAGGAGGCGGAGUGCAACAUGAGCAGUCCCAAGAGAGAGAUCCCAGGAAGGGCCGGGGAUGGUUCCGAGCACUGCAGCAGCCCGGACCUGCGCAGAAAUCAGAAGAGGAUAGCAGAGCUGAAUGCCACGAUCCGGAAGCUGGAAGACAGGAACACGUUGCUCGGUGAUGAACGAAACGAACUGUUGAAGCGUGUCCGAGAAGCUGAGAAACAAUGUAAACCUCUUCUGGAAAAGAACAAGUGCCUCACGAAGAGAAAUGAUGAACUUAUGCAGUCUCUGCAGCGCAUGGAAGAUAAACUCAAAGCAGUCACUAAAGAAAAUAUAGAAAUGAGAGAAAAAAUGACAUCACAUCCUCCUCUAAAGAAAUUAAGAUCACUCAAUGACCUGGAUCAGGCUAAUGAGGAACAAGAAACUGAAUUCUUGAAGCUUCAGGUCAUAGAACAACAGAACAUAAUUGAUGAGUUAACACGGGACAGGGAGAAACUCAUUCGUCGCAGGAAGCAUAAAAGGAGCUCGAAGCCAAUUAAGAGACACGUGGUGGAUACGGUUUUUGGGUACGAUGAUGAUUCCAUGGAUUCUGAAACAUCCUCUGUGGCAUCAUAUAGAACAGACAGAACACCAGCAACCCCAGAUGAUGAUCUGGAUGAGGGUUUAGCAGCAGAAGAAUCAGAGCUGCGGUUUCGGCAGCUGACAAAGGAGUACCAGGCCCUGCAGAGAGCGUAUGCGCUACUGCAGGAGCAGACGGGAGGCGUCAUAGAUGCUGAAAGAGAAGCCAAGGCUCAGGAGCAGAUCCAAGCUGAAGUCCAGAGAUAUAAAGCCAAAAUAGAAGAUCUGGAGAAAACUUUGGCACAGAAAGGGCAGGACUCACACUGGGUGGAAGACAAACAGCUUUUCAUUAAGAGGAACCAAGAGCUUUUGGACAAGAUAGAGAAACUGGAAGCAGAAAACCAUCGUCUGCAACAGGAGCUGCAGGAUGCCCGAGACCAGAAUGAGCUGCUGGAGUUCCGCAACCUGGAGCUGGAGGAAAGAGAGAGACGGUCCCCACCAUUUAAUCUCCAGAUUCACCCAUUCUCGGAUGGUGUGAGCGCUCUACAGAUCUACUGCAUGAAGGAAGGGGUUAAGGAUGUCAGCAUCCCAGACCUCAUAAAGCAGUUAGACAUCCUAGGAGAUAAUGGGAAUUUAAGAAAUGAAGAACAAGUGGCCAUAAUUCAGGCUUCCACUGUAUUGUCCUUGGCAGAAAAGUGGAUCCAGCAGAUUGAGGGAGUUGAAGCUGCUCUGCAUCAGAAAAUGAUGGAACUGGAAAGUGAUAUGGAGCAAUUUUGCAAAAUAAAAGGUUAUUUGGAGGAAGAACUAGACUACAGGAAGCAAGCUCUUGACCAAGCAUACAUGAGGAUCCAGGAGCUUGAAGCCACCUUGUACAAUGCUUUGCAGCAAGAAACGGUGAUAAAGUUUGGGGAACUACUCACUGAAAAACAGCAGGAAGAGCUGAGGACAGCAGUUGAAAAGCUGAGACGUCAGAUGCUGAGGAAAAGCAGAGAGUAUGAUUGCCAGAUUCUGCAGGAGAGGAUGGAGCUGCUCCAGCAGGCUCAUCAGAGGAUCCGAGAUUUAGAAGAUAAAACUGACAUCCAAAAGAGACAAAUUAAGGAUCUGGAGGAAAAGUUUCUGUUUCUAUUCUUGUUCUUCUCUCUUGCCUUUAUUCUUUGGCCUUGAUGUCAAUGUGCCUCUUGGAAAGAGUGCUUGACCACACAGAUAAGUCCUUAUAAAGGCAAAUGCUUCCAUCCCCUGAUGAAGACAACAUUGUUUACACCUAUUUUUAAAAGUAUAAAAAUGAACAACCUGUAGCCAAGACUGCAACCACCUUGUAUUUUAAAGCCAUCACCCAAGAUUUGUUACUUGACAGUUCCUGUCUAAAGCUAUGAUAUAUGCUGCAUCUAAUGAAAUUCUGUAUGUUGAAAUUAAAAAAGAGGAAGAAAAAUGAACUGUGAACCUACAUCACGUGGGAAGAACUUGAUGGGAAGGAACCACUUUCAGCUGAUCAAGUCAGUGUGUCUUGGGCAUGGAACCAAAGUUACAACAGAAAAUCUAUCCCUGCUGUGCAGGGCAGUUGUUUAAAUGUGACACCGUCAUCCCAGGAACGGAUCCAGAGUUGACAGGACAAGAGGGAGAAAUGCUUUCGAGCCAUGGGGAGAUGCUGACAGCAAGGCAUUCACUUGGAACUGUCUGGCUUUCUCGCUGCAGGGACUCCUCCUUUCCCUCUUUGAUUUUUCACCUCAGGAAGAAAUGACAGCUGCAACAUGGGGGAAGAAAGGAAAAAUCUGACUUAUUGCAGGAGGGGCAGGACAGGGCACCACGUUUACACUUACGAUCACAGAGCACCACCCGACUGGGCAAAAGGAGGGAAGAGGAGGGUGUCCGUAGAAGGAGGAUUUCUGACAGAGUCACCGCCUUAUCUCUCUUCACACUCCCUGCAUGAAGAACAGCCUGUCUAUUGUCUGACUCUAAUCAUACUCUUCACAGGCUGCCAUUGAGAGAAUAAUGACCAUACUUGGUUUUACUAUUUGAAUAGUACACUGAGGAUCGCUGGGUUGGACCUGCAGAGUAGCUUCUGAGAAAGAACAGAAACAUGUUGGAGGACAGAGGGGAUAAAAGCCAACCCCCUUGUUCAUAUGGUAAGAUCCACAAAGCAUCAGCUUCCAACUGUUCUGUCCCAGCUUGGAACAAAUGUCUUGGUUUGGCUUGUCAAACUGAUUUUGUUAGCUGGCUUCCUGAUCAACCACACACCCACACACCCACCCACCCCAAAAAUGGGGAAAAGCUGUGUGAGCACAUCCUUAUUAGCAGUAAGGAGAAGUAUCGCUAGUCUGUUUAGAUUUUUCCACAGUUAGGAAUAACUAGUAGUAGUUUGCAUUUCAAAGCAUUUCUUACCUCUCUGAUCACAAACCUGGAACCCCAUCUUGGUGCGUCCUGGAGGCAUCACUGGUCCGUGCCCCGAGCUGGACAGAAACAGCCCCGAGGAGCUGCGUGGCAGAAACACUAGAGAGGCCUGAGCCUGUGCCCAUCGUCCCCUUCAUCAUCGUGUGGGACAGUGCACUUCUCUGCGCCCUGCUCUCAUCCCCCUGGACCGGAGCCGUGCCUGUUGAGGUUCCUGUUGCCAGGCUCCUCCUCUGAGCGGUGUCUUCCAUGAUGGAGCCUUAAUUUUAGCUGGGAGAAAUGGAUAUCUGUGUUACAAAAUAGAAAACUAAGAGCCAGAACGCAGCCUGUCCUUUACUUAAACCUUCAAAACAGGGCUUACGAGUACCGACAUCUUACGCACACAGCCUCUGCCCUUCAGAAGCUUUAAAAGUGCUUUACCCAGAGUCUCUCCUUUGUUUGCUGUUUACUUCCACAGACGAAGCAGCUGAGGCACUAAGCAGUGAAGUAACUUCCCCAGCAACACAGCAGGUCAAAAGCAGUUCCUCAGCCAUCACAGGGGUGAAGUUCCUCUAGUGUCGAGGAUGCCUGCCCCUCACAGAUAUUUUUUGGCCAGAAUAGCUUUGAAUCAUUAAUAUCCAUUUGUCCAACUGGAUUGUAGUGCUGGGCUCCAUUUCCCAGCAAAGACUCCUAACAUCCUCAUUUCUUGCAUCAGAUUGUGUUAAACCUCCCAUCACAGGUUAGAAGCUAUUAGCAAGUGAUUUUUUUUCCUGCUCCUUAAAAUUAAUUUGAAUUGCAGUAUGACCACAGCUUCUUGAAACAGUCUGUUUCAGUUAAGGGAUUUAUCAAAUUCUGCACCAGCUGUAUGUUUGUUGAUUUGUUUUCUUAGAACGGGCCUGUAGGCAGAUAUGUGAAAUGAAUACAGGUAUGUUGCAUGCUCUUUGUUCAAAUUCUUUUUCCCUCGCAGCAGACUCCAUGGAUAAGGUUGGCCCAGACCGACCUGUGCUGCUGGCAGCUCAGGCCCUUCGAGAGUCUCCUCCCACACCGGUGACACCUCUCCAUCACUGAACAAUGUCACUGGUUAGCUACAAAAGGGGGGUUCCCUCUCUGGGGGUUCCCUCUCUGGGUAUUCCCUCUUCUCCCUCCGCUGAUGAUUCAUUUCGUACCACUUGGCUGCAGUGUCCUGCAAGUAAAUACAGGCUAGCACCUGUUUUCCCUGGCAUUAGGGCCAGCAAUUAAAUCACUGAGCUCUUCUUGCAGAAGAAUGAGCAGCGCCUGUUUUCCGUGAUGGUGCAGUAAUUUCCACCUCUGCUUUGGCUCAAAAAGUGAGGAGGACUAGAAACAUUUGUUUGAGGCAAUCAUAGGGAAGGUUCCUGGCACAGACUGAAAUACCCCGUUUCAGAGCCCACUGACUGAUGCUGUGGUGGGCUGCUUCAUUUAGCCCCUCUGAGCUGUGCUGUGCACGUCUUACUUUAUGUCUCUCUUUUGCCCAAUUCUCCCUCCCUUACUCUUACGCACACGUCUGUGUGGGGGGGCUCGGGCUGGGGGUGACAAUCCACAGCUCACCUUGGUCUGCAAACUUUUAAAAGAUUGUUGUAUCCACUCCAGAGAGGAACAGCCACUGCUUUGCGUCCUCACAGCAGAACAUCAGCCAUGCCUAAAACACACUUGCUGGUACAAGUAAUGCAAACGUCCUGCUGUCAGCUAGAUCAAAAUGAGUUUGAAGUUUGUGUAUAUAUAUAUACAUGUAUCUAUAUAUGUAUAUGUACAUAUAUAUACAUCUAUAUGCAUAUAUCUAUCCCCUAUUGUAUAUAGUAAAUUGUUGCUAUAGCUUAUGAAAAUAUCCUUCUAAUCUAGGUACGGGGAAUUGAGUCUAGACUUGUUUAGCUGCCACAGCUGCUCUGCUCUUCCCUGUUUACUUUUACAUCUCAUGGGCAACUGGUUCUUGGAUCUGUUUUUCUGGGCUCUUCCCCCUUCUCUCUCCUGACACUGUUUAUCUGGGGCUUUCGGCUGCUCCUGACCUUCACUGGGGCAAAGUACUGAGAAUCCUCCCUCAACCUGGUCAUUGCAGCCAACCUCCCCUCCCCAAAACCAACCAGCAAAACAAAAAUUGAUUGAUGGCGGCCUUUGAGGACAGCAGACACAGCCCUGGAUUCCUCCCGCCCCGAGGGUCCCAGCGCUCCAGGCCCUCCCUACCCUGAACCGGACCUGACUCACUGCUUUCCCUCUGCUGGCUGAGCCAGGAGAUUUUGAAGACUAUUCUUUCUAUUUUGGCACUUCAGCUGGAGACCUGGUUGGGUGAGAGGAAUUUGGCGCUGGGGGCUGUAGAGGAGAUGGGGUUUCUUGUAGCGUUACCAGCCCAGCUCACGGCUCACUCCUCCCUCCCUGAUCUGCCUGGAGGACGAUGGAGACUUUGCCUGUCCAUGUGCUUCAUUUCCCAGCUCCCUGCCCUCAUCUCAGUGGGAAACAUCCUCUCAGCCCCGAAGCUUUCCAUUCUGUGGCACCCCAUGAGGACUGAGCAGGCCCGGCGCCCCUCCUCCCCAGGGCACGGUUGGGCCGAUGGCGACGCAGCUGCGGCUGAUUCCAAGGGUUUCUCUUUCCCCAGCCCUCCCUCACAUCAGCACCUCUGUGUUUUUAUGGAUACUUUUUGUUCCCAAUUUUUUUGGUGUCUGUUCCAGAACAGAAUUGUAAAUGACUUGGCAGAAUGACCCUUUGAUAAACACUGGACAUGUAUCUGUACUAUAUAUAUUAACGUGUAGAAGAGAAUCCUUAUUGUAUGUAAAGUUUUAUGAAUGGUUAUUUUUUAAUUUAUGUAUUUAAUAUAGGAUUCAAUGACCUCUGGUGUUUUAGUUUGUAAAAAAUAAAACAGCAUUUUUAAUAAAACAACUCACUCACUUUA